UCGGUGCACGUAGUUUGUGGGUUCAAGGGGUGACAGCACUGCUCUCUUCCAUCUGACUUCUCUGUCUGUAUUGUCACUCUACAGUCUGACAAACAUGCUGGAUGUAGGAGUUUCUAAAUAACUGUUUGGUUUGGUGAUAGAAACUCUGAGCUGCAGGCGAGUGGAGGGGCAAGAUACAACGUGUUUUGGAAGUGUCAAAAAAAGAAAAAAAGCAGAUCAGCAGAGGAAGGAGGAAGUAAAGAGAAGAAGAGAGGGCUGACUGGAAAGGAUGUACUAUUAGGAUACACAGUGUUUUUUGUGUUUGUGUGAGUGUGUGCACAUGUGAAAAAGAGAAUGUGUGCGAGUGUGUUUGUGUGUGUGUAACCUCCGAUUUUGAAGAAAUGUCUCUUAGACUACCUCGCAACUGGGACUUCAGCACCUUCAGAGCUGAAACUGCCAAGAUAGCCCGCUCAAAGAGUGUUAUGCCAGGGGAGGGAAGCCCUGGGUCCACUCACACAGGCAUUAAACCUCUGAAGAGAGGCUGGCUGAAGAAGCAGAGAUCCAUCGUGAAGAACUGGCAGCUGCGCUUCUUUGUGUUGAGAGGAAAUGUCCUUACAUACCAUAAGGAUGAUAGAGAGAGUGCAGUCCAGGGGACCAUCCCUUUAUUCUCAUGCCAAGUUAAUGAGCUGCCAUCAAAUGCAGAUGAUAAAUUCCUGUUUGAGAUUAUCCCAGGUAGCAGUCCAGAUCGGGAACGUGAUACCUACGUUCUCAUGGCGACAAGUCAGAGUGAGAUGGACGAGUGGGUGCGCUCUAUCCGCAAAGCCAUUGGAUCACGGUCGAAUCACGUAUUUGGAAAGAGUCUUUCAGACAUCAUGGUGUAUGAGAAGAAAUUCGGGCCUCGUCUGGUGCCCAUCCUGGUGGAGAAGUGUGCAGAAUUUAUCAGAGAGUACGGUCUACAUGAAGAGGGAAUCUUUCGCCUGCCAGGUCAGGACAAUCAGGUGAAGCAGUUCAGGGAGGCCUUUGAUGCUGGAGAGAGGCCUUCAUUCCCCAGUGACACAGAUGUCCACACGGUGGGGUCCUUACUUAAGUUGUACCUCAGAGAGCUUCCUGAGCCCGUUGUCCCCUGGACCCAGUAUCAGGACUUCCUUGACAGCACCCUGGUGCUGGAUGCCGCCACUGCAGCAGGCAAAGAAAAACUGGAGAAACAGAUCAGCCUUCUGCCAAAAGUGAACUACAACCUCUUAAGUUACAUCUGCAGAUUCCUUUUUGAGGUUCAGCAGAAUUCAAAAGUAAAUAAAAUGAGUGUUGAAAAUCUGGCCACAGUGAUGGGAGUGAACCUAUUUAAACCGCAAGUGGAGGACGCCAUCAGUAUGAUGAAGGGAACUCCCAUGAUACAGAAGGUAAUGACAGUGAUGAUCAGACACCACGAGCUGCUCUUCCCACCCUCCAAAGAUGUGGUGCUCUCUCUACCCCCCAGCAAUAAAAACAAGAGUAAGAAGACCAGCAACCCUCGUAGUUUUGUGGGCUGGGAGUCUGCUGAGUGUGAGGUGUCUUCCCUGUCGGAGUCUCCUGAGGAGGAGGAUGUAGACACACCUGAGGCUGAGAGGAGGGACGUGCGGCCAUCUGAAGUAGGGUCAGAGGAGGCACCUCUCUCUCCUUCUUCUCCAUUUUCCCCUGUGUCGGACACGUGGACCGGCAGCCCCAGAAAGCGAACGCAAACUCUACCCAGCUUGGGUUGUCCGGCAGUGGGGACAAAAGGCAGAGAGCCGGCUUGGGAUCGCUGGAGCAGGUUCCAGGAGAGCUUCAACGAGAGUGAUGAGAAGACGCUCUCAGAGGACAUUUUUAAAAUCCUUGACCUCCAGAAAGUGACACUUUUUUCUGGAGGGCAGAAAAGUGAAAAUGAAAAAGUGGAAGAAGAAAAUGAAAAGGAGGACACAGGCUUGGAUAAAACAGGUAAUGAUGUUAUUGUCAAAGAAACAGAUUCUCCAAAAGAACAGACACAGAGUACAGUUCCCUUGCCCAAGCUUAGGCUGACCAAAGAGGUGAGUGCACUGAGUUUGGGCAGAGAGAAGCCAGCAGCACCUGAAGGUGGAACUGUCCAACAGCAAAGCAGUGCAAGCCAACAGAAAAAUGCAGACACAACGCACCUUAUCAACAGUAUCCAGCAGAAGAACAGAGAGCUGAGCGCUACAGUAGCUGAGCUGCAGGCAUCACUCGAUGCAGAGCGACGCUGUAAAGCUGCAUUAGAGAUCUUACUGCGCAACGCUGAGCGCAGCAGGGACGAAGCUCUCAUGCGCAAUGAGCAGCUUAACAGAGACAUUCAGGAGUUCCUCAACAGGCCUACUUCUGGGCCAUCAUAGUGCCACCAUCAAGCAAUUGAAGAUCAAAUCCUAGUCCUUUCCAUCUUCUCACUGGAGUUAUGGAUGAUCCAGACAAUUCAAUGGUGUUUUGGACACUGAUCCUAUGAACUGCACUGACUAAUGUCUUUGAAAUAAGACCACUGAUAAUGUCCAUCUCGCAAGUUUGGUGUAUGAUGUGAAGGACUUAUGUAGAAAAAUUACAGAUUGAAUCUAGUUAUCCAGUUUCACCCUGGGAUUGUAAUCUGUAACAAGAUUUGAGCUUUAAAGUGAUGCAGUAUUGGACUUGGAAUGUGAAAGGUUUAUAACGAGUAUUUAAUUAUUGAAUAUCCAAAUUUUCACAGUAUUUGUUUGAUUGAUGUCUCGAAAAUAACUUGCCAACAAAACUAAGUAUUGACACUCCGGAGCGGCCUAAGAGGAGACAGGAGCUAAUUGUCACACUUUUUAUUUAAAAUAUUUCUCAGACAAGGAUUUGUUUUGAAAGUCAUUUUCAAGGGUAGUUCACCCAUAAAUUAAUAUUUCUUUUUUUAUCAUUAUUAUUUUUUUUUUAUCAUUAACUCACCCUUGUUCUAAACUAAAGUAUAUGACUUACUUUCUGCUGUGGAACACAAAUGGGUAUGUUAGAAUAAUUGUUAGGGACUGACAGCCUCAGUCACCAUCAAUAGCCUAUUAUGUUCCAAAUGGCUUUCAUCAAAAUUUAAACAGUAAAACAAUUAUGAAGCACAAAACAAUUAAUGAAACAAAAAAUACAGCCAACAAAUUUUGUAUUUAAUAAUGGUAACACUUUACAAUACGGUUACAUUUGUUAACAUUUAAUGCAUUAGUUAUCAUGAACUAACAAUGAACAAUAUAUUUUUCACAGCAUUUACAGUAUUAAUCUUUGUAAAUGUCAGUUAAUAAAAAUACAAUUGUUCAUUGUUAGUUCAUAUUGCAUUAACUAAUGUUAACACAUACAACUUUUGAUUUAAAAAUGUAUUACUUUAUGUUGAAAUUAACAUUAACUAUGAUUAAUAAAUGCUGUAAAAGUAUUGUCUGUUGUUAGUUCAUGUUAACUAUUGUUGUUAACUAAUGGAAACUUAUUGUAAAGUGUUUUCUUAAUAAUUUGUAUAAAAUAACAACAAAUGCAUAAACAUAUGACAGCCUGCCCUGAUCUGACAUUUAUUAAAAACAAAACCUUGUCCUAAAAACACAUUUUAACCUUUUAAAAUCUAACUUGAUCACAAAGUUUGCCUUAAGUUAUGCCAUUAUGUGUUUUUAUUGUUUUCUCCCCUGAGCUAUUACAAAAAUAUAAUAUUGGAAUUUCAGUUUGGAAGAUAGAAUUCACAAAAUUAUUAUUUUUUAGACCGUUUUAAACUAGAUGUUUGAAACCAACAUACAUCGACAUGGAAAACAAGCAUUUGUGCAACUGAACUUCUGACUCAACACACUGUAGUUACUGAAAUAUAGCCUACAGUUUCCCUGUGUCAGCUAGCCCCAUGCUUUCCCUAUAAUGCACAUAGUGCUGGAUUUGGACCCUAAAGUCACAGAAGUCUUGCCCCCUUUUUAUUUUAGUGAAUAAAUUAAAGAUCUGGCAAAGGUUUAAUUUGUUAUUAUUUAUGCAGUCAAUGGACUGAUGCUUCAGAUGCUUAGAGAGUCUGUGAGCAAUUUGGUGUAAAGGACAAAAAGCACAGAAUGUGGAUUACUGUCAAUAAAUAAACAGUUUUAUCUAGCUUUUCUUUCCUGCACCUCAGCUUCUGUUGUCUGGUUGGAGUCAGAUAGUGUGUCAGAGGAGAUAAAAUGUGACAGAGUGUGAGAGAGAAAUGGGAAGAAUGCUUUCAGAUCAGAAUUCACAGAGAAAGAGAAAGUGCAGUGUGUGUGUGUGUGUGUGUGUGUGUGUGUGUGUGUGUGUGUGUGUGUGUGUGUGUGUGUGUGUGUGUGUGUGUGUGUGUGUGUGUGUUUUGGAGUCUGGUAAAAAGAC